CAUUUGCUAACGUACGAAAUGGACAUAUUCUUCCAACUUGGACACUAUUGGAAGAUGAGAUUUGCACACUCCUACUUUCACAACACUGACCACAAAGUGAUCUCUUUUCUCUCUUACUCAUCCAUCUAUACAUAAACCUCGAUACCCAUUUAUUUUCAAGUCAUAAUUUCCUUAUAGCAACAUAAGCCUAAAGAUUGAAGUUAAUUUCCUGAAUUUGGUUAUGGAGAUGAAUUCAGGUGCUAGUGUUCUGUCUGAGGCAGAAUAUGAAGAAGAUACUUUCUAUGCUGAGAUUAGGAGGCAGAUUCUACAAUUAACAACUGAAGACAACGAUGAUAUACUUGAAACAAGAAGUUUCAACCCAAUUAAUGUCCCUUAUGGUGGUUCAAACAGAUCAGUUUACAGCUUCAACAGUGCAUCUCCACCAGCAAGUAAUUUCUGUUUGUGGGAAAGACACAGUUCUGGUUCACCACCCCUUUGGCUAGUGAACUUGUGGAAGAAUGGUAAAGGUACUGGGGUGUUCAUUCCUCAAGUGGCAUGCAGGAAAGAUCAAAGAUCAGGAAGAAUGAAUAAUAGCCGCAGAAAAAUCUAUAGACCAGUGGUAAAUAAGGAUUGAAGAAUUCAUGCUUGCCGAAAUUUGUAUUUAAUGAAAAUUGAAUAUCGCCGCUUGCUCAUAAAUAUAUAGCAUAGGUUACAAUAGUGAUGAUUCAUUAGAGGAGAAAUUGCACAAGAUAAAAAGGAAGAAAAGUGUGUACGAAGUUUCCCUUUCCAUUCACGAUGACUGUGUUCUACUUAAUUGAUAUAUGUACAGAUCGUACUGUAUUUACAGGGGAGAACAUAAAGGAAUUUGAGAUACUUGUUAGUGCAUGUUUGUUUUAUCAUUUAGAAAAGCCAAACCUACGUUCAACUCAAUCCAUCCACACUCAUGUUUUUCUGUUUUC